AUGCAGAAACACGUUACCCAGGGGGCAGAAAGGGCAUAUCUGGCUAUUGUGGAUGCUUCCCAGAGGUUACGCCAUUAUUUCUUAGCUUACGAAGUAUGGCUGAUGACUAAGUCCCAUGCCAUCAAGGCUCUGUUGCAGCAACCAAUCCUCUUAGGUAGAAUAUCCCAGUGGUUGUUACAAUUGUCACAGUAUGACUUAAGAAUGGGGACAUCCAGGGCAAUGAAAAGCCAGGCUAUAGUAGAUCUAUUGGCACAGUUUUCGGGAGAAGAAGAAUUCCUGCUAGAUGAUGAAGUUCCGGGGGAAGUAGCCAUGGCAGAAGAGGUCAAAGAACAAUGGGUAAUGAAAUUUGAUGGGUUUUCUACCACCCAAUCAGGGGGAGUGGGAGUAGUUUUGUACCAUGAAGAAGAUAAGGCAGUAACGCUAUCAUUCAAACUAGAAUUCACAUGUUCAAACAACACGGCAGAAUACGAAGCCUACCUAACCGGGUUAGCCACGGCUCUCGAAAUGGGAGUCAAGCACUUAAGGGUAAUGGGUGAUUCGAACCUAGUGGUUUGCCAGGCCAAAGGAAUCUUCUCCCUAAAGGAACCCAGCCUAGCCCCAUACAGGGCAAUGGCCCAGAAGAUGGAGGAGAAAUUUUCAACCUUCGAAAUAGAACAUGCUCCAAGGAACGAAAACCAAUUUGCGGAUGCGUUCGCCGUGCUAGGCUCACAAAUAAUAUUCGAAGGGAAUAACACUAGGGUAGAGGUUAGCAAGAGGGAAGAAUCCAUUAUUGAGGUAUUGAAGGAAAGGUUACUAGAGGAACGGUGCAAAAGGGAUUGGCGGAUCCCUAUGAGGGAAGCCUUGAUGAAAGAAGAAGGUGUCGCAGAACUGAAGGUACUAAAAGAUUAA